AUGCCUAGGCUCACGGACCUGGAUUGGAGAUGUGCGGUCAGCAUUGGCAUGCGUGGACAACGGCGAUACUCGAGCGGCGCAGACCCCUUCCCCUUUCCAAGCCUACAAUCACUCGCGCUUCGGGACUUCGACUUUACCAGCUCCUCCACCCGUCUGCCCACUCUUGCCCUCACAUACCUAGCUCUGCACCACCGCGUCCGAGACAAGCAUCUCUCCGGGCUUUGCCAGCUCGUCGCGCCUAGCCUCACCUCACUUGUCCUGGACUACUACCACUUCGGGCCCUGGGACUACUGGGACGAGAAGGCAUACGGGGGUGAUAACCUUCCAUUCUCGCCGCUUCGUCGCCUCACCAGCCUCACCGUGGUGCUCAGACAUCAGGUCACCGAGCUGAAUGUUAUACAUGGGUUCGCGUCGUGGCCGACAGCGGGGACGCACAGCGGAGCUACCUUUCAGGCAGACUUCAACCACCUGUGUGACCUCCUCGGCACGCUUCCUAGGGAGAAUCCGGUCGUUCCGAAGCUCCGCCUCCCACCGCUCAUCCCGACACACCUUCGCGAGCGUGACCGGGAGUUCUGGACCAAAGUGCUGAAGGAGCGGAAGAAGCCAGAGAGGCCGGAUCAGGCGAGGCGAGUAGACUCGUCGCUGGCGUAG